CGCUAAUCCGCCAUUCAAACGAGAUUAGCACAAAAAAAAAACAAUAAACAAACAGAGGAAGCAGCGCAGUCGGAGGCAGUGAGGUGAGCUCGCCCUCCUGCUCCUGCUCCUGCUCCCGCAGCUGCGCUGUGCUGCCAUCGCUUUCCCCUCCUCCCAGUCCCACCCCCAGAUUCGCAUGCGCGCUUCCCUCUCCACCGCCACAGGCACAGCGUCAGCGCCUAGCUUAGCCAGCUCGCCGCCGCAAUGGCGACCGCGUCGGAGGACGAGGCCGCCUCGGACCGCUGCAGCGGCAGCUACAGCCCCAGCGCCGAUGUCAGCGAGUCCGAGACCUCCAGCGACUGCUCCGCGCCCACCACCCGCCGCUUCGCCUCCUCUUCCUCCGCCUCCGCCUCCGCCUCCGCCACCGUCUCCCGCCGCCUCGCGUCCUCCUCCUCGUCGCUGCCCACCCCGGCAUCGGCCGCCGCCUUCUACCUCUCCAAGCCACCCUCCUCCGACCUCUCCGCAAGUUCCUAUCCUUGCCCGUGCGCUUCUGUGGCGCCAGAGAUCGACAUGAUGAAGGAGCGCUUCGCCAAACUCCUGCUCGGCGAGGACAUGUCCGGCAGCGGCAAGGGCGUCUGCACCGCGCUCGCCAUCUCCAACGCCAUCACCAACCUCUCCGCCACCGUGUUCGGCGAGCUGUGGAGGCUGGAGCCGCUCGCGAAGGCGAGGAAGGCGAUGUGGACGCGGGAGAUGGAGUGGUUGCUCUCCGUCUCCGACUCCAUCGUCGAGCUCACCCCCUCCAUCCAGGAGCUCCCCGAAGGCGGCGGCCAGUUCGAGGUCAUGGUCCCGCGCCCGCGCACCGACCUCUACAUGAACCUCCCCGCGCUCAAGAAACUCGACGCCAUGCUCCUCGCCAUGAUUGACGGGUUCAAGGGGACGGAGUUCUGGUACGUGGACAGGGGGGUUAUGGUCGAAGACAGCGGGGGGCCAUUCCCGUCCUCCUCCUCGUCAUCGUCUUGUGGCCGGCCGUCGGUGCGGCAGGAGGAGAAGUGGUGGUUGCCCUGCCCACGAGUGCCACCCAAGGGGCUGUCCGAGGAUUCGAGGAGGAAGCUGCAGCAAAGCAGGGAUUGUGCAAACCAGAUACUGAAAGCAGCCAUGGCGAUUAACAGCGAUGUGCUCGCAGAGAUGGAAAUCCCCGAAAUGUACCUGGAGACACUGCCCAAGAGUGGUAAAUCUUGCUUGGGUGAGAUAAUUUACCGAUACAUAACAGCUGAGCAGUUCUCACCAGAAUGUCUACUGGAUUGCUUGGAUCUAUCAUCGGAACACCACACACUCGAAGUGGCAAACAGAAUAGAAGCUGCCAUCCAUGUUUGGAAACUGAAAGGCCAAAAAAAUUCGACACCUCAAGCCAGAUCAAAGAAAUCUUGGGGUGGAAAAGUGAAGGGUCUUGUCGGAGAUAAGGAAAAGAGCCACACUUUGUCUGAAAGAGCUAAUGGUCUAUUGCAGAGCCUAAGAUUGAGAUAUCCUGGUCUGCCACAAACCUCCCUUGACAUGAACAAGAUCCAGUAUAACAAGGAUGUUGGGCAGUCCAUACUUGAAAGUUACUCAAGGGUUCUGGAGAGCUUGGCAUUUAACAUAAUUGCAAGAAUUGAUGAUGUGAUAUAUGUUGAUGAUGCUACAAAGAAAUCUGCUGCUGCCGAGUCUGUUUCGAUCUUCAAUCGUGGCACCGGUGUGCCAAUUCAGAAGAGGAUCUCUCUAAGCCCAUUCUCUAUUCAGAAUACGCCAUAUGCCUCUCCAUUCGCAACACCCACUUUCUGCUCCUCCACCCCAGUUACAUGCAGCCCUGGAAGAGUACAGCCCCCGUUAAACAAAACCAAUCUAGGAAGGCCAGAAAUCAAGGUCGAGAAGCUUUUUUCUGGUGAUCUAGAGAAGGUCUGGACAUAUGCUGGAAACCUGAGCGCUAGGAAAGACGCUGGCGAUGCUCCCGAGAGAGACUGAUGGGCGAUGGAGGAAGGUAGACUUGUUAUGGAAACAUUAUCGCUAUUUAGCAGCGUACUCGUUCGUGUUUAUACUGCGAGGCUGGGUUCAUCAGCAAGUGACUGAAUUCCUCCUGCUGCUGCUGCUGCUGCUGCUUUUUGUCGCUGAAGGUGUUGGUCUGCUGCCUGUUAGUUUUUGUAUAUGCAUGUUAAUGAAUUUGAUCUGGCCCUCUUUAAUGCUCACUACUAUUGUACUGAGAGUUGCUGACCACAUCUGAGCAGACCCAGUUUCCUCCGGUUCAUCUGCCAGUGAGCUCUGCACAGCAGUCGACUGCAGAAAGGCGAUCCAGAUGAGAUCUAGAUGAGAACUAGAUGUGUCAAAUGAUAAAACGGUACGACAUUUGUAUAUUGCGGGUAAUCAAUCCAAUUGACAAAUCGUCAGAUCUUUUCUCUCUUUGCUCUGUACUGUACUAUGACUACUAUCGAGGGCUUGAAUGAACCUCUAGAGAUAAUUGUUAACGGCUCAAAUUGGCUGUAGCUGUUUUAAACGCACUA